UAGCUUUCCGUUAGUUCUCCUCCGUAGAGCCGCAGCAGCAGAAGCAUCCGCGGCUCCCCCCGCUGAGGACUCCAGGUACUUUAAGGACUUGGGCCCGGCGAAGGGAGAGGUCCCGGCCUCCUGGGUGCGGACCCCGAAGAAGGCCUCGGGUCGGGUCCGCCGCUGGAUGGAGUCCGGCUGCGUCCAGACAGCAAUGGCUCUGGGUCUGACAUCGAAGAAGGCGUCUGCGCGGAGCAUCGCGGUGGAGCGGAAGAACCUCAUCACGGUCUGCAGAUUUUCUGUGAAAACUCUUCUAGAAAAGUACACAGCAGAGCCUAUAGAUGAUUCAUCUGAGGAGUUUAUUAACUUUGCUGCUAUUUUAGAGCACAUCCUCAGCCACCGCUUCAAAGGUAACACAGCAGGCUCAGGGAGUUGGUUCAGCUCCGAUGGACAGCGCAGUUUCUGGGAGUACAUCCGGCUGGCGUGCAGCAAGGUGCAGAACAACUGCAUCGCCAGCAUCGAGAACAUCGAGAACAUCAGCACGUCCCGAGCCAAGGGCCGGGCGUGGAUCAGAGUGGCUCUGAUGGAGAAGCGUCUGUCUGAAUAUGUGUCCACGGCUCUGAGGGACACCAGAACAACCAGGAGGUUCUAUGACGAUGGAGCCAUUAUGCUGAGGGAGGAAGCCACCGUCCUGACUGGGAUGCUGAUUGGACUGAGCGCCAUCGACUUCAGUUUUUGCUUGAAAGGAGAAGCUCUGGAUGGGAAAUGCCCAGCUGUGAUCGACUACACGCCGUACUUGAAGUUCACUCAGAGCUACGACUACCUGAGCGAUGAGGAGGACCGGCGCAGCGUGGACAGCAGCAACAGUGAGGAGAGCGUCCCUGAGCAUCCCUACAUCCCUCUGGUGACCGACGAGGAAAGCUGGAGCAACAAGUGCCGCAAGAUGGAGCAAAGAUUUAAGAUCGUCUACGCCCAGAAGGGGUAUCUGGAGGAGCUGGUGCGCCUGCGGGAGUCGCAGCUGAAGAACGUGGAGACGGACAACAAGCGUCUCCGAGCCAAGGUGGAGGAGCUGGCGCUGCAGGGCCAGCAGGAGAAGAAGGAGCUGGAGGCCAUCGUGUUGGAGCUGCAGGCUCAACUCGCUGCCCUCAUGCCUUGUGACUCCUCCCAUCUGGCUAAAGAUCUCGCCAUCCCACUCGUCAACCAGUGGUCCACCAUCACAAACAACCAAGGUGAUGUCAAGCUGUUCCGCAGGAGGAGUUUCCAUAGCCUGGAUCAACUUUCUCCUCAGGUCAGUCUGAACUCCGACUCCCAGAAGACGGAUGGGAGGCAGAACGGAGAUGCUGCCUGGACCUCAGCGGGAAAAGACAACACUCCCUCCAUGCUGGGGCUGUGCGGCUCGCUGGCCUCCUUACCGAGCUCCAAGUCUUUGGCGAGCCUGAAGUCCAGCGAGUGUUUGGUGAACAUCAGCACUGAGCCCAGCCCUGCGCUCUCUCCCAGCUAGGAGCCGCGGAGCAACACCUUAACCGCCCCCUAAGCGAUGCUGCGUCCAACAAAACCUGCUACAUUCCCAUGUUUUUUCCCUCAUAUUCUGUUAUUUCACACCAACCCACACAUCCAAAAAUCAUGCAAAACAUCUGUUUACCUCUUCUCUUUUUUUAAAUAUUAGUAUUAUUGCCGCGGCUUUGUCUGUGUUUGCCUGUUUUGUUGCAUUAUCAUGUGAAAAGUGUAACCAAAACAGCACAAGAAGGUGAUUUUAAGGGUAAUAUUAAGACAUGUGGAUGUCAGGAUACACUCAGCAGUAUUUUCUAAAUAGCAUGACUGAAUGAAACCGGCUGAAAAUCCGCUGACUGCAUUAAAUCCUGGUUUUAAUUCUUUAACACCACAAACAUCUCCAGUGUUCAUUGGUUUUAUACAGAUAUAAGCUGCUGCAAACGUUUUGACCAGCUAGUUUCCAGUCCAGCAGGAUUUUCUUCCCAUUUGUUUACAGUUUGAAUUUUCUCUGUUGCAAUAAACUGCCUUUUUCCAUUA